AUGCAAACCCAGGAGAUUAAUCGGAUAGGGGAUGUAGAUGCCGGUAGGCAAGUAGAAAAGGGUCUGCCACAAGAGAAACGCGCCAAGCCAAAGGGUCGACCAAAGCUGGUGCUCAUGCCGCCACAACUAGGGCCUCAUAGUGAGGAGGCUGAAGAUGAAGAGAUUCUUGGCGUACUCAUACGGUGGUAUAAGCGUUAUGGGCAGUUGAAGGCAGAGAGGGAUUCUACCGGCCGCCCCAUCAUGCCAUUGGCGCCAAUGAUUAACCCUUCAGGUUAUGAAGCAGACAGGCUCGCCAUCGGUUCUUUGAUGUACUUGAACGCGCAUAUGCUCGUCGACCUCGCGGACCUACUUUGUGUAGAUGCGUCUGACAACCCGCACCAACUACCAACAGAGUACUGGUGCUACUACCCAGACAUGAUACUGGAUUUGGUCAUCUCUGUAACUAUGACGCACCAACUCCUCAAAAGUCAAGGUAGUCAGUGUCUAUUAGAAUACCCCGCUGAGCAGGGUGUGAGUGGUGUGGUUGUUCGGCGCAGAAGCUAUUCUCUUGGCUCUGUACAUCACCCUCAUUUACCUUCUAUCUACAAGCAUAAGCAGAACGCUCUUGAAGCUCUUGGGAAAGAGAUACAAGAUCCUGAGACGCAGUACAGCGAUUUGACGCUGAACAUUGUAGUGAUGCUGCUACGAGUUGAGAUUCAGCAGUCGGCAUUCAGCGCGUGGCCAAUUCACCUUGAAGCUGCAAAGGCCAUCAUAGCGCAUCGAGGUGGCAUGGCCUCUCUCGCUGGCGACACCCACGCGAAUCUGGAGUUUUGUCUCGUGAGCGUCAUGUUAAUCGAUAUAAUGAGCUGUGUCACAACGCCAACUGAGGAUUUGGCCAAGCAUACUGCCAAGCAGCAGGAGUAUAUACCACUGCUUCCAACAUUGUUCAAAGAUGGGCUAUCUAUUGGUUUCCCAUGUGCAAACACCCUAGUUGAAGGCAUAAUCAGGAUCAAUCGUGUCCGGUACUUUAGUAGCGUUACGCAACAUUACGCUACAAAAUGGGCUGCUGUGGGUGAGAAAUUGGUAUGUCAAAUUGCUGACUUUGACCCGGUGACAUGGGCCGAAAAUCAACGUGGGCCACGACGGUUUGCAAAGGCAAGCCCAGGUGGCUCGUCCAAGGAAUCCAUCACCCUAAAUGCAUCCGAUCAUGGAUAUGGUUCGACGGGCGUGACGUCCACAGAAGAAUACGAUGUCAAUCACCGCCAAGCAUGGGUCAACCUCGCAAGAGCUCAACAAAUAUCAGUGUUGCUGUACUGCCUACAAUGUCAUUUCAUGCAACCACAACUUUCGAAGACGAUACCGGCACUUCGAAGGCUGUUGAACGCAGACGACGCGGAGGAUGAUAUAUUAAGGGAUGUUUCUUCCCUUCGAGAGUUGGCUCUCCAUGCGCUGCUAGAAGCACUUCGUCGACUCUGGGGCGAAGGCGGUGGCCGCGCAGCUUGGCAAGCCAAAUUCUCGUUCUGGCCUCUGUUUAUUGCUGGUCUGGAGGUGACGUCUCAGACGAUUGUGACGGAGAAGUCAUUUGUAUGUCGGUCCUUGUACAAGCUCGUUGCACAAGGUGGUGACAUGGGGCCUGCCGAUGCUGUUUCUGUGAUUGAGACGUUCUGGGAGUGGAAUUCUCAUGCUGUUGAGAUUAGUUCCAUGAAAUCAUGUUGGUCAGACAACUUCGCGCGCAUAGCGUCUCGUGGAGUGUUCUUUUGA